CGAGAAACCGACACCAAAAUCAAAAUCUUUAGCGAAAAAAGAAGAGAAGAGGAAAAAAAAUCAAUCUUUCAGAUCUCCUUCAACAACAUUCUUCCUCUUUCUCUCUCCACUCCAAUUGCGUGUUUCACUUCUCCCUCAAAGUUUUUCUUGAUGAAUUUCAAGAUCUGAUGAUUGAUUCUGGAACUUGGGUUUCCAUCAAAGUCACUAACUUUGAAGAUUCAUAUAAUUUCAUGAGUGGAUUCGAUUAGUUUUGAAUUGCUGUUUGAAGUUUUGUGCUUUGAUUGGAAGAUCUGGUUAGUUUUUGCAAUUGGGGUUUGGAAGAUAUAGAAAACCAAUGAAGGAAUCGGAUUUGACCACCGAACCCUUAGGCCAAAACCUGAUAAAGUUGAUAAGCAAUCUCUGUUUCUCAGUGUUUGUCUUCUCAGUUUUGAUAUUUACAGUUAUUGCCAUCACCUACCAGCCUCCUGAUCCAUGGCUGGAGUCAGCUCCGGCCUUAACUAAGCUCUUCACUCAAUCUGAGAAUGCCACCUUCAAGAAUGAUAAUUCUAUCCUUAAAACUGGAGAGGAUUUGGUUGCCGCCCCUGUGGUGUCGCCAUCUGCUGCUUCCAUUACCGAGGCAGUGAUUGAAAGGGAGGAGAGAAUUACCAAUCUGAGUCUAACAUCAGAUUGUGAGGACUUAAAGGUUGUGAAUUGUUCAGACCCUCGUGUUCUGCUCACUGUUGAGAAGUUCAAUUUAAAGAUUUUUAAGUCUAUUGUGUUUCUGGACUAUCAGACUCCAGUUAAUGGAUCAAAAGCAGAUGAGUGUGAUGUGGCUUGGAGGUUUAGGAACAAGAAGGAGAAGUCUUGGAGGAAGUAUAGGGAUUUUCGAAGGUUUACGUUUGGGAAUGGAGAUAAUUGUACUUACAAAGUGGUGCAUGCAAGUGGUUGGCAUUCUGGAAUUAAUGCUCGAAGGCCCAGGAAUAGGCUCACCCCCACUAGGGGUGGUAGGAAUGUGAAACUCCCAGCACCAGUUCGUGAUGAGGAGAUCAAUGAUACAAUUCCAACCUUGGGUUCAGAUGUGGUCUUUAGAAAGGGGAAAUACUUGUAUUAUUCACGUGGAGGGGAUUACUGCAAAGGAAUGAACCAUUAUUUAUGGAGUUUCUUGUGUGGCCUAGGGGAGGCUAUGUAUCUAAAUAGAACAUUUGUUAUGGAUUUAAGUGUGUGUUUGUCUGCAUCUUAUAAUCCCAGUAAUAAAGAUGAGGAGGGGAAAGAUUUUCGGUUCUAUUUUGAUUUUGAGCAUCUUAAGGAGGUGGCUUCAAUUGUGGAAGAGGAUGAGUUUUUGAAAGAUUGGAAGAAAUGGGAUCGGGCCCAUAAAAGAAAGGUUCCAGUCAAGAAGAUUUCGACCUAUAAGGUUACACCAAUGCAGCUUAUGAAAGAGAAGAGCACAAUUAUUUGGAGGCAGUUUGAUGCUCCUGAGCCAGAGAAUUAUUGGUACAGAGUAUGUGAGGGGGAAGCUGCAAAGUACAUUCAUAGGCCCUGGCGAGCUCUGUGGAAAUCAAAGAGAUUGAUGAACAUAGUCACUGAAAUCAGUGGGCGGAUGGACUGGGAUUUUGAUGCUAUUCAUGUGGUUCGAGGAGAAAAGGCACAGAAUAAAGAGCUCUGGCCUCAUCUGGAUGCUGAUACAUCCCCUGAUGCUCUUCUUGCAAAGCUUCCAGGAAUGAUUCAGCCUUGGAGGAAUCUGUACAUAGCCACUAAUGAACCAUUCUAUAAUUACUUUGAUAAAUUGAGGUCUCAGUACAAAGUACAUUUGCUUGAUGAUUACAAGGAACUAUGGAGCAACUCUAGUGAGUGGUACAAUGAGACCAUGCUUCUGAAUGAUGGAAAUCCAGUUGAAUUUGAUGGGUACAUGAGAGUGGCUGUGGAUACUGAGGUCCUUUAUAGGGCAAAGACACGAGUGGAAACCUUUUAUAAUUUGACCAAGGACUGCAAGGAUGGAAUUAAUACGUGCUGAUCAGGUUUAGAAUAAGAAUAGCUCUUCCUGCAUUUUUGUCUCAGAAUGGAUUCACAUAUCAUGUAUGUUCUUUAGCUUUUUUAUUCCAUCACUGGAAUGAAAUUGUUGAGAUCACAUCAGGGUUUGUUUUAUUGUAUUUUGAAGUAAAAUUCAUGUUUAUCA